CUCAGAGUCUGAUGUUGCCCCAUGCGCAGCUGGUGGUCCGGCUGAUGGUGUGUAGCAACGAGAUUCGUGCCGUUUAAUUGGAGAGGGCUGCCUUUUUGCCUGCUAUAAGUUUCCUUUCCCUCGUAUCCCAAAUCUUGAGGGCGCACAAACCCUUGGCCUACUUUUUCUUCCCUAAAUUCCAGUGCUUUUCCUUACUUCUAUUACCGUUCAUUCGUACCAUUUUAGACCCUUCUAAACCAGUUUCAACACUUGCCUAGGUUGGCGCUUGGCUGUUCUAUCAACAAUGUCCCUCACAGCGCCUUACACCAAUGCCAUGCGCAUUGGCCAAGGCUUCAACACAUACACACAGGAAAUACGACUGGAGAAUGCUGUCCGGAUUGGCUCAAGCAGAAAGUCGGUGGAGCUGAAAGAAAGUCUUUCACCGACAGUAAACAAUGCACCACUGACGCCUCCGGUUACUCCUGAUGGAUCUAAUGCUGUUGGACCCCUCGGCGACAUUCCAAGUGUAGCCAUCAAUGGGGUUCCAGCGAAAGCAGCAGAAGCUAGUAGUGUCCCCAAUGCCCCUUCCCCUCCAUCUACGCCCAAGCCGGAGAGCAUGGGUUCUGCAGUCGACAUUGUGACACCACCUCUGGACGACUUGCCUUUCGAACUACCAGCUGGUCCUGGCCCGUCAACCAGCCAAAGCGUAACAUACUCAACUCGCGCCAUAGAGAACGUGAGUGACAUCAUGGAUGCGCUCAACAUCUCGACUUCAAUGUCCAUCAAGUAUGGAACAAUUCACGGCAACGGCAACGCCUCAUUCGUAAAUGAGAAUAAAGUUCUUGACAGCGAGCUUAAUUACGUCGUCAGCGUCAUCGUCAACAACGACGAGAGGGCUGCAAUUGAAGAAAUGGAAUUCCAGGAUAUCCCAGGUCUGCCAAUUGAGCGGUUCACCGAAGUUUACGGCGACAGCUUCAUCUCUGGCUUCACUGAAGGAGGGGAAUUCAACGCUGUUAUUUCUGUCAAACUGAAUGACAAGAGCAAACAUAGGGCUGUCAAGCAAGCAGUUGAUGUUCAGCUUGCAGUUGGUCCUCCAACUUUGGAAAUAGGAGCAAAGGAAGCUAUCGACAAAGAACACUCUGAAGCUUUGAAGAACACUGAAAUCUCUAUAUCCGUGAACUGGGUUGGCGGAGGUGAGAUCAAAAAGCCCAAGGUCCCAUGGACAAUCAAGAGCGUUGUCGCCGUCGCAAACGCGUUCCCUUCCAUGGUGGCACGAUCUUCGGCAAGAACGCAAGCUAUCUUGACAAGGUAUUCCUCUCUGAGGAGUUUCCAAGCCUGGAAAUGGAGCAGACUUCUUGAAGAACGACGUAUCUGGGAAAGUGACCCAAGGAACCAAAAGGGCGGAGAACACAAUAAAGACGGGAAAGAGAGAUAUGAGGAGCCCGUCAUCAUUCUAAACUAUGUUCCGUGCUCUCUCUACACGGCGGAUCUGUUCGACGCACUGAUGAAUUACAAGAAGUUGUGGAAGAUGAUUGGAAAAAUGCUUCAAGACACGUCGAAAUACAAGAUCAGGUCAGGAUUACCGAAGAAUGCCUUUCAAAAGAAGCCUAACACUAGCACACUCUCCCCUAUACUGACAAAGGGGGUUCUAAAGCAGGGCAUGGCUGACAGCCCUGUAUCCGGUGGCUCCCUGUCGCCGUGCCAAGGUAAAGCCGUCGAGACCUCGGGGAUGGAACGUGCCUUCACCUUUGCCGUUGAUGAGGGUGCUCCGGGCUGGAACCUGCUGGAAAAUAACAUGUGCCGCGACCCGAUUCCACCAGAGCCUGUGGCACUGAAUGAGGCUAGGUUAUUAUGCAGAGAAGCUAUGACUUUGAUUACCGAGGAGGCCUCAAGAUUAGUUGAUCAUCCUCACCUCGCAUAUGCAGACUACAACGACAAGACCAAGCAAACUCGAAUGAAGCGGCCGAACUACGCAUACCCUGAGGUGCUGAAGGAGAGACUCCCAAUACCAAUUCACAACGAUAUCCGCUCCGAUCUAUCCACCGACGGCGCAUAUUUGAAGACAUUAGCUUACGCCAAUGAAGACAACAUCUGGUUCGAGCCAGACAUGGUCGGAGACCCGAAAGCCAAUGACGCUGACCUGGACAAGAAAUUUGGCAACAGCAAGUACGAAGACUUCAGCACACUAGAACUCACCGAACCGCAAGGCUCAAAGUUGGCAAACCCGUUGCGACGCCUUGCACUCCACCGGUACCGACCGAGCUUGGGCAUAUUUGCAAAGUCAGCCCUGAAGCAAGCCGAAAAUGCCAUCGGAGCAAUCGGCCUUGCACGUAUCCGAGAUGAUCCGGCUGCUGCCGAAGCGGAUGGUUGCGUGUACCACCUCGGCCACUUGCACCACAGCGACAAGGACAAGGCAGAUACCUUCAAAACCCUGGAGCUUGGGAACGUUGAUAUCACCAAGAUCGACAUCCAGUACAUCCCAGGCUCUGGGUACAUAUGCGGGUUAACUUUUUUUGACGAGAUCGACGGCCAGCACACAGAGCGGUUACGAUGGAAGCAGUGGGAAAGCAAAGAGCCCGAAGGACUGGUUCAUAUCACCAACGAGCCUCCGGAUCGGGGCGAUGGCACCGUGUGGAAGUUUGUGGGAUUGGCCGGAUCCUGGAUUAAUACAGUUGGACACGGCCAUGUGCUUGCAAGGAUUACUGGAAUCUGGAAGAAGGUCAGCGAUGAGUAAUUGUGCAUGCUUUCGAUGGUGGAAGGGGUGGAAGGGGCGUUGAGGAGUUAUGUGUUUGCUUUUUAUUGGGUUCGCAUACGGUACGAGGAGAUCGGCGGGAUAAAGGAAGCCGUGUCCUGUGUAAGUUUGGGGACGUGGACGAGUAUGCGUAGUAGUGCUACUUAAUUGAGGUAAUCAGCUAUAUGAAUAUUGUUUG